AUGUUCCGACACGCCUUAACCUCCGCCUCAUCAGCGCGCGCACCCUCAAACACAGUGGCAAGCGCCUCCAGCAAGCUACUCACCCGCCCAUCAUGGCACCAUAGUCCCAGCACCGCCCGCCUCUUCACCACCACCCAGUUCACAGCCUUCACAGCAUCACCACCAACCAAAGACCCCUCACCAUUCCGUCUCUCCGCAAACAAAACAGCCUCCUCUCCACCGCCCUCCUUCGAAGAUGUAUACUACAGCCCUUACCAGCCAAAGCGCCAAUGGCCACCGGAUAUGUCGAAGCUGUCCCCGAAACACCAGUUCCGGCUUGAGCGCAAGUACCGUCGUCGCGCGGCGCUGAAAUAUGCCCGGCCGACAUUUAUGAAAGCUACUCUGAUUGCACAGUGGGUUGUUAUUGGAUUUGUCAUUAUCUAUUCCGUGCUAUUCAUGGAGUGGGAGGCGGACAAUACUCUGUUCCACGGGAUUCGGGAUAGCUUCUUUGCUGGUCUCCGGUCUAUUUUCUCCAGCGCACCGCCUCCUGGCCAAAGAAGGGAUCAGAAUGAUAAUGCAGUGUCCGAGAAGAGCUCGUAG